CCGCCGGCUCCGACGAGAUUGGCGAGUCCGCUGAUCCCAUCCGCCCCUCUCCCGCUACGCGGGCUGCAAUUCUUGAUUUGGUUUCUCUCUCUCCGAUGGAGGAUGGUGUAUCUACUUAUACUGUGGAUGAGGCCCUUGUGUCCAUGGGGUUUGGGAAAUUCCACGCAUUUGUCCUUGCAUACUCCGGGAUGGCUAAAAUCUCUGAAGCGAUGGAGAUGAUGCUUUUGUCAUUUGUUGGGCAAUCGGUUCAAGCUGAAUGGGAGCUUUCUGCACAGGCAGAAAGUCUCAUAACAAGUGUUGUCUUCGUGGGGAUGCUUGUAGGAGCAUAUGCUUGGGGCAUUGUUUCAGAUAACUAUGGAAGAAGGGUUGGGUUCAACUUCACAGCCAUUGUAACUGGUGGGGCUGGUCUUCUUAGCGCUUUUGCUCCAAAUUACUUAUCUUUGAUUGUACUGAGGUUUAUGGUCGGUGUCGGACUGGGUGGUGGACCAGUUCUAGGUUCUUGGUUCCUAGAGUUCAUCCCUGCUCCUAACCGAGGAACUUGGAUGGUUAUGUUCUCAGCAUUUUGGACUGUUGGCACAAUAAUGGAAGCUUCUCUUGCUUGGGCUGUUAUGCCAGCUUUUGGCUGGAGGUGGCUGCUGGCACUUUCAUCAUUGCCAUCAUUUGCUCUACUACUCUUCUACCCAGUGACACUGGAGUCACCAAGAUACCUAUGCAUGAAGGGUAGAAUAGCCGAAGCAGUUCAUGUUUUGGAAACAAUGGCGCGAGUGAACCGUGUUACUCUUCCCUCUGGUCGACUUGUCUCUGGCCAUCGGACAGAGCUUCAUGAGAUUGGGGAUUCCUCAGAAACGGCACAAUUGGUAACAACUAAGAAACAUAAUACUGGUGAUCUUGCUACCAAAUCUGAGAUUGGAGGCCUCAAUGCCAUCUUGAAGCUUCUAUCUCCAAACUUAAUCAGAUCAAGUCUUCUACUUUGGACAGUUUUUCUUGGUCAUGCAUUCUUGUACUAUGGUCUUGUUCUGCUAACAUCAGAACUGAAUCAUGGAAAUAGGAUUUGUGGAUCAGAAGAGGGAGCAGAACUGACCACAGCAGCCCACAUAAAUGAUGAAAAUCUCUAUAGAAAUGUAUUCAUCACCAGCUUUGGAGAGGUCCCUGGCCUCCUCCUGUCUGCUGCCAUCGUGGACAAGAUCGGGCGCAAGCUCUCGAUGUCUUCCAUGCUUUACAUCAGCUGCCUGUGCAUAGCUCCACUUAUGUUCGCUCAGACAGAAGCUCUCACAACCGUCUUUUUAUUCGGCGCGCGGGUUUGCAUCUCAGCAAGCUUCACUGUUUUGCACAUCUAUGCCCCUGAGAUUUACCCAACUGCAGUCAGGGCCACUGGUGUCGGUUUUGCGAGCUCAAUUGCUCGCUUUGGUGGGAUCUUGUGCCCCCUUGUGGCCGUUGGUCUGGUGCACGCAUGCCACCAGACGGCAGCCAUCCUGAUAUUCAUCACAGUGAUGCUGGUCUCCGGCAUCGCUGUGUCGUACUUCCCCCUGGAAACAAGUGGCCGAAAGUUGAGCGACCACAUCGCCGCAUAGAGCUGAAUAGUUUUGCGACUCGGUGGGAUACACACAGAAUCAAGGUCCAGAGGCCAUUUUGUUUUGUCCGUUCUUUGAUAGAGGAUGCAAAGGGAAAGAAAGAGUAAAGGAGUCAUGAGAUUAUUAACUGAUUAGAAAUUGCUUUCAAUAGAGAUGUACACUGAUGUUUUGAGACGUGGUCUUGUUCUCUUAAGAUAGUUGCAGUC